AUGACAUUCAAAUUUCUCUCUCUCUCUCUCUCUCUCUCUCUCUCUCUCUCUCUCUCUCUAGUUGGCUCUUGUCGUAGCAAAGAGAGGUCUCUCUCUCUCUCUCUCUCUCUCUCUCUCUCUCUCUCUCUCUCUCAUCGCGCCAGUUUCUUUCUCUCGCUCUCCCUCACUCUCAUUCUCUCCUCACAUUCCUCCUCUCUCUUCCUCUUCCUUUUUCUCUUACUCUCUUUUUCUUUCUUUCUCUCUAUCCCUCCCUCUCUCUCACCAUCACUUAAAUUUUUUCUAACUCCUCUCUCUCUCUCUCUGUCUCUAUAUGUCUCUCUCUCUCAUUCUCUCCUCCCGCACUCAUCCUCUCUCUUCUUCUCUUUCUUUCCCCCCUCACCUCCCCUUUCUUUUUCUCUCUCUUUCUCCUUCUUCCUCUCUCUUUCCAUCCCUAGGUCUCUCAUUUUCCCUAACUCCUCUCUCUGUCUCUGUAAGUCUAUCUCCCAUUCUCUCCUCCUCGCAUUCGUCUUAUCACUUCCUCUUUCCCCCUCUCGGCUCCUUUUUCUUUUUUCUUUCACACUCUCUUUCUUUGUCUGUCUCUCUUCCUCUCUCUUUCCAUCCCUAUCUCUCUCAUUUUCUCUAAAUCAUUCUCUCCUCCUCGCACUCGUCCUCUCUCUUCUCUUUCUUUCCCUCCCUCUCUCCUCCUCUUUCUUUUUCUUUCACUCUCGCUUUUUCUUUCUUUCCCACUCUUUCUUCCUUUGA